CAAAAAAACAACCUAACCCUAACAAACGUCGAUUCUCUCCGCCUCACACGACGGGAAACCUCACUUCCUCCUGCCGUCGCGCUAAAUCCCACCGCCGAUCAAUCAUGGCUACCGCAAACUCUAAUCGUUUCGAUUUCUCCUCAGCUGAUUCGGCUCCUCCUAAGCUCUCUCUCUCCCCCGAUCAGCUCAGCUACUGCCACCAAGCUCUCAAGAUUCUCCGCGCAAAGAUCUCAAAUCCUGACUCCAUCUCUCGAGAGUUCGCGAAUCUGCAGGCUAAUAGGAUGUUAGCAUCGGAUAUGCUACUAAGCGCUACAGUGGCUAUCAACAGUGUCAAUUACGAUAAGAACAGAUACACUGAUGUUGUUCCAUUUGAUAGCAACAGAGUUGUUCUCAAAGAUCAUGGAGCAUCUGGAGAUGGAUAUGUGAAUGCAAGCUUGAUUAAGACGUCGUCUUCGUCUUCUGAGAGUGUUUCUGAGUUUAUUGCUACGCAAGGUCCUCUACCACACACGUUAGAGGACUUUUGGGGGAUGGUGAUUCAGGAGCAUUGUCCCGUUAUUGUGAUGCUAACUCGGUUGGUUGAUAAUUACAAGACUGUGAAAUGCGGUGACUACCUUCCAGCCGAAGAUAGACCCAGAGGAUUUGGCAACAUAUCUGUUAAGACCAAAUGGGUGAAAACUACCGACACUUCAUUGUUGUUGCGGAAUUUUGAGGUUAACCACAAGGAGACAGACGAUCAGCAGCCCAUGUCCGUUUUGCACAUUCAGUAUCCGGAAUGGCCUGAUCAUGGAGUUCCCAAAGAUACAGUGGCUGUCCGUGAAAUUCUGAAAAGACUGUAUCAAGUACCGCCAAGUCUCGGUCCAAUCAUUGUUCACUGCAGUGCAGGGAUAGGAAGAACAGGAACAUACUGUGCGAUACAUAACACAAUCCAGAGGAUUCUUGGUGGUGAUAUGUCUGCGUUGGAUCUUGCUAAAACCGUGGGAAUAUUCCGCAGCCAACGCAUUGGCAUGGUUCAAACCAUGGAUCAAUACGUCUUUUGCUACAACGCCAUUGUUGAUGAACUCGAAGAAUUAACUGCGGGGACAGAUACUGGAGCGAGUUCGUAAAGGGUGGAUGCUACAUUGUCGUGUGGUCUUUCUGCAUAAGUAGAAGACAGGAAAAUGCUUAAAAGCACGUCUGGAGAAACUAGUGUGGUUAUAUCUUGUGAAAAACGAGUCUUUUGAAAUACUUAUCGAUUUCUUUACAAUUUGCACAUGGUGAUUAAUAUUCGGAACUAUAGCUGUGAAAAUGCGUGGUAAGUAAGCAAAUGAAUUUGCCAAUGCAAAGAUUGUUUAAAAAAAAAAAGACUUAAAUCGUAUAUAUCAG